AUGCUUAUCCAUGCUAGAGAUAGCAAGGGCAAACACGUUGGCCUCGACGUGAUCUGCAAUGCAACAGAACCGUUUUACGAGGACAAGGAAGAAGAGAGCAGCGGAACGACCAUGAUCAAGUUCGGCCAGGUUGAUCAUGCUCUUUUGAAGGAUUUGAAGGGGUAUAUGGUGAAGAACGAUUUGCAAGUUAUGGAGUGUGAGCAGUCAUCCUAUGACUACAAAAAGGGCAAAUCAACGACCGGGUUCAUGCCUAUGAUUUGGGUCUGA